AUGAACAAGGGAGCGCUUCAUCCCGAGCAAAAGAAAUGGAAGGCCCCCAAGGGUCCAAAGCCUGUGCAACAUAAGAAUAAAAACACUGUUGGGUUAGGUAGAAAUAUUGCCAACAGAAGAAGAAUGGAAAAUGAGAUCCAAUAUCUUCCUGAUGGAGAAAUGAGAUUUACCACCGAUAAGAAAGAAGCUGAUUGGGUUAAGUUAAGAAGUGUAACACAAGAGAAUGCUCUUGAAGAUUUCUUAAAUACAGCUCAAUUAGCAGACACUGAUUUUACAGCUGAAAGGAACCAACAAAUUAAAAUCAUUAAGGUGGGGAAUACCGCUUUAGUCAACCAGAAUGGGCUCUUAACUGCGGAUGAAACAUUGAAUUUACGGAAGAAGCAUCAAUUGUUUGAGAAUAAGUUACGUGUUCCCAGAAGACCUCAAUGGAGUAAAGAUCAAAGUAGAUUGGAGAUUGAGAGACAAGAAAAUAUUGCUUUCUUGGAAUGGAGACGGGAUUUGGCUGGUUUAACCGAAAAUAAUGAUUUAUUGUUAACUCCGUUUGAAAGAAAUUUAGAGGUUUGGAGACAAUUAUGGCGUGUUGUUGAAAGAUGUGAUUUGGUGGUCCAAAUUGUUGAUGCCAGAGCUCCACUUUUCUUUAGAUCUGUUGAUUUAGAUGACUAUGUUAAUGAAUUAAGUGACCCUGGAAAUGGAAGAGAAAAGAGAAGCCUUUUAUUAGUUAAUAAAGCUGAUUAUUUAACCAAAGAACAAAGAUUAGCGUGGGCAGAAUACUUUACCAAUAAAAAGAUCAAUUAUGUUUUCUUCUCUGCUGCUAAGGCAAAUGAGUUCUUAGAAAGAGAGAUGGAAAGAGAGAAAGAAGAACUUGAUCCUGAAUAUGAACCUAAGGAAGUCUAUACGUCUUCAGAUAAAAGAUUAGCUGAAUAUGAAGAUGAAACAGAUGAAAGAAUUAGAAUAUUAAGAGUUGAAGAAUUGGAAGAUCUUUUCCUUAAAGCUGCUCCACCAAUCAAACAUGAUCCAGAACAUCCGGAUCGUAAAAUACAAAUAGGUUUAGUGGGGUAUCCUAAUGUUGGUAAGUCUUCAACAAUUAAUGCACUCAUUGGUUCUAAAAAGGUAUCUGUUUCUCUGACACCAGGUAAAACCAAGCAUUUCCAAACUCUUCAUCUUUCCCCUGAAGUACUUUUAUGUGAUUGUCCUGGUCUUGUUUUCCCCAAUUUUGCAUACUCCAAUGGUGAAUUGGUUUGUAAUGGUGUUCUUCCCAUUGAUCAACUUCGUGAACAUAUUCCUCCGAUUGCCCUUGUUACUCAACGUAUUCCCAAGUUUUACUUGGAAGCUUUAUACGGUAUUCAUAUUCCUACAGCAUCAGUGGAAGAUGGAGGAAGCGGAGAAUACCCUACUGCCAGAGAACUCUUGAAUGCUUAUGCUCGUGCUAGAGGUUAUAUGACACAAGGUUUCGGGAGUGCUGAUGAGCCAAGAGCCAGUAGAUAUAUUUUGAAGGAUUAUGUUAAUGGGAAAUUACUAUUUGUUAAUCCACCACCGGUUCAAUUAGAUGACGACACUUGGGAAUUACCUGACGUUGAAUCUCAAAGAAAAUUCAACAAAGACCUCUACAACUUGGAUUCCUUGCCUGAAUCAAGAAGACAACAAAUUUUAAGUGCCAUUCAUAAUCAUAAGAGUAUUGAUGCUGAAGCCUUUGAAUUAUCUAAAGAUUUGGCCAAAUUGAAUUUUUCUCAACAUAUCGGUUCUGCAACUGAUAGUAAAAGUUCAAAGAGUGUGGGUCCCAAAACUUUAUUCUACGGUGGGAGACAAGCUGCCUUAGAGAAUGCUGGUGAUGAUUUGGAUAGAGAGUUUUUCAAUAUGAAUAAUGUUCUGGGAAAAUUCAGUAGUCCAUUUCAUAAAACUGAACAAGCCGAUGGGAAUAAGAAACACAAUAAAAAGAAUAAAAAAGCUGCGAAAAAGGUUAGAGUUGUUGGUUUUUAG